AUGGAUUAUGAUUUUUUUCAUGCAUCAGCGAUUUCACCUGCUUACAACUAUUGGUUUAGAACUUUAGAUCCUUCAGGGAAUUUGGGAAAAGAAAUGUCAUACCUAUGGCCACACCUUCUUAAGUUAAACGAGUUUGCAAGUUCAAGUGCAGUUACAGCCAAAUCAUCUUCAGGGGCUUCCAUUGAGUUGUAUGUGAAUUCUAGCUCAAUGUAUGAAACACCAAUUUCAUUUGGAGCCACACAUCUUCUAGAACGUAUGGCUUUCAAAAGCACAACUAACAGAGCAGUGAAAGCUGCUAUCAGUGAAUAUGCCAACAAUCCAGAAACCUUGUUGUUAGAGGCAAUUGAUUCUGUUGGAUAUUCUGGUGCAUUAGCCAAUCCUCUUCUUGCAUCAGAAGGCUCAUUAAACAGAUUAAGCAGUUCAAUUUUGGAAGAAUUUGUAUCUGAAAAAUACACUGCUCCUAGGAUUGUACUUGCUGCCUCGGGGGUUGAACAUGAGGAAUUGUUGAAAUAUGCAGAGCCUCUUCUGUCUGAUUUGCCAGGUGGCGUACAUUUUGAGGAGCCAAAGUCAGUUUAUGUUGGAGUGAUUGUCAUAACUUAUUUUCAUGAUACAGUAGGAGGUACUCAACCACAUUGA